AUGCAAUCUCCAACUUCUCCUAUUUCCUAUAAAGAAACAAGUGUACCAUCCUUUUCAAAGGAAUCAACCACCACAGAAACAAGUAAAUCAUUACCACACGCUAACUUGUUAACUCCCCCAACUUUAAGUCCACCAACAAUUACAUCUGAUUUACCAACAUCUACUUUAUCUCCAAACCAUCACAACUACUACACUCAUUAUUUAAAUAAGGCACAAUUUAAUUCUAUUUUAGUCAACUGUUCUAUUAACUUAUUAAAAAUCUUGUACAAAAACCAGAAAUUUGAUGAAAAGUCAAUCAAAUUAUUCAUUAUUGAAAUUCUCAGAAGAUCUAAAACUUCCAUUCAAUCACUUCAAUUAAGUUGCUUUUACAUUUAUAAAUUGAUUGUUGCCAAACAAAAAAUCACUUUUGACGCCAAAAAAUUAUUUCUCGGAUUGAUUAUUAUUAGUUCUAAAUUCAACCAAGAUUAUAAUUAUUCAUUCAAAUCUUGGUGUAAAAUCUGUGGAUUAAAUGAAAAUUCCAAUGUUAAACAAUUGGUUCAUAUUGAAUCAACAAUUCUUCAAUGGUUAAAUUACGAUUUAUGUUUAAUUGGAUCAAAAUAUGAAAAUUGGUGCAAUUUACUUUUAAUUUUUGGUUAUGAUUUUAUUCAAUAUCAACUAAUUUUUGAUAAUAGAACUGAAAUAGUUUGGAAUCAAGAAAUUAAAGAUAAAAUUAAUAGUUGGCAAAGUUUUUUCAAUCAAUUGAAUUUAGAUAAUUUGAAUAUUAUCAAUGUUAAUUUUAACAAUUAUUUCAACAACCAAUUGAACAAGAAAGUUUUCGUUGUCAAAGACGAACAACCAACCCUCUUGUCAAAAAAGAGAAGUUCUACAAGCUUAUUUGACACUGAACAACCAGUUGCCAAGAAGGUUAAAGCCUAG